AUGGUUUUAGAGUGAGUGCAUAACGAUCGCUCGCUGGGCUCGCGAAAUUUAAGAUAGACAAGACAGAUGUUUCGUCUGCUUGGGCAAUGAAGCACCAAUCCCAGACGGGUCACUCCGAACACUGGUGAAUCAUUUAUCUCGCCCAGUGGUCAGAGAUGUAAUCGCUUGGGCUUCUAAGUGCGUAUUGCUGCACUCGGAAAUGUAUCCUUGGACACUCCUACCGCAUCAGAACGUACACCGUUUUGAACCGUGAUAUUCAUUGAUGAGGAGACCGCAUCCAACGGCACCGUGGUGCUGUGUAUAAAAACGUACGGUGCAUAGAAAAACGAGGUAGAUAAUUUGUGAGUCAGCGUGUAGCACUGGCUGCAAUCUGAGACACUUCGUUUGGAAGGAGGACCCAGAAUUGGAGAUGGCGGGCCUUCGAUCGGACGUGCUUGGGGUACGGAGGGGUAAAACUGGAUGGAGACCACCUGAGAGGAGGGCAGCAGGAGAAAUGUGCCCCUCGCAAUGGAAGCACGCCUUUAUGGUGACGUCAGCAGUAUGUGUGCUCGUGUGGGUGGGGAUGUACAAUGGCGGGCACACCGUGUAUUACCCGUCAGGCUUCAGUCCCGAAAACUCGGAGCGCACCCCGUUGCCAUGCCGACCGUGCCAAGAACACACCAACCUCGCCUUUGUCAAAGUUCACAAGGCCGGGGGAACGACACUCACGUGUCUUCUCCAGCGCUUCGGCGAUCUUCGGAACCUGUCGUUCGUGCUUCCUCGGAAAGGGAUCAACUUGGGCUGGCCCAAGCAGAUGAGCGAGAGUGACUUUCUACCCUCCUUGACUGGAGAAUACAACAUUCUUGUACAACACGUUGUGUUCAAUAAAUCUACAAUAGGCAGUGUCAUGCCCAGGGAUACGAAGUAUAUCACUACAAUACGAGAACCGUUCAGUCAUCUAAAAUCCGUCUUUAACUGGUACAAACUCGCCAGAGUCUACAGAGUCCUCGGUAAAAAUCCUGUCGGAGAAUUUCUCAAGUCGCCGGCGAUGUACGAAGCACGGCGUCGCGAUAUAAUACCCUCUAAAACAAGGAACUUCAUGGCUUUUGACUUGGGGUUUCCAAUCCGAACUCAAUCGGACAACGACACCGCAAUAAAGGAGUUUAUUAGCAAGAUGGAUGAAGAUUUUGUGCUAGUGAUUAUUCUGGAGCAUUUGGAUGAAUCGUUGGUUUUGCUGAAGCGGUAUCUUUGCUGGUCCUUGUCAGAUAUUUUAUACUGGAGACAGAACAAGAGGAACUACCAGUAUAAGGGAACGAAGCUUACCACCAAGCAGAGGAGGAUACAUCAGAAGUGGUCCAACGUUGACUACGCGUUAUACAAUCACUUUAACGCCACCUUGUGGAAAAAGAUUGAAGAGCAGGGGCCGGAUUUCUGGGAGGAAGUUCGCCACUUCGAGGCACUACACAAUGACGUCAUGCAUUUUUGCCAGUCGUCGCGGUCUAUGUUGAACAUACGUGUCGGGGCGUCUAGGUGGAACGAAGAAUUCUACGUAGAUUCAAGAUACUGUGCCAAGUUGAAGUUGUGGUCAAUACAUUAUUUAAACUAUCUGAGAAAAAGGUAUUACUUUCAACGAGUAAAGAUGAUCAAAAGCAAGGCUUCCGUUCACCACGUUUCGGUUCAGAAACGAAGUCACUGCUUUUCUGGGUCCAAUAAUGCUACUUUCACCAACAGAACUGCUAGUACUUUGGUAGAUAACAUGUCAACAGUGCCUUAUACAGAUGAUGACAUAAAAAAGAAAAGAAACUAGGAAGAAAAAAAUCAACGAUACAAUAAAACUGUUGCUGUGAUUUUAAUAACGAUUUAAAUAUUGUCUUGAUUUUGAUAACAGUCAAAGAGAUUACUGUUGUACACCAAAUAGCACUUACUCAAGCAACUGGAUAUGACUGGACAAAAUUAUGUGUAGUUGCUUGAGUAAUUGCUAUUUUGCGUAUCUUAUUACCUGGAUGUCUAACAUUCAUCUACAUAUUACUGUUGUACAAUACAAAUGUAUCCGCCCUAUCCAUACUAUGUAUGUAAUUACUAUGUAUGUAUGUAAAUUGUCUAUAUGGACGCCAAUUUUUCGUCCGUCAAUGAUGGCUGCUUUACACUUUAUAUUUCUUACAUGUGUGAAUAGAAAUCUAAUGUCAAGGACUAAAAAUAAACGAAUAAAAAUAUCAAUUUAUGUCUUUGAAAAAAUUGUGUGAUUAAGUCAGCUUACUUCACGGAUUGGAAAUAUGUAUUAGCUUGAGUGGAUCACAUUAUGACCACCUGUUCCAAGAAUCCAAGAUGGCGGACGUCAGCAAGGAAGUGUAUUUUGCACGACGUUGGAGUUUAUCUGACAAAUAUGUGCU